GGACGCAGUCCGUAAUUCCAACUCUGAGCUGGUAUAUAAUGGUAUUUCCACACGACCAAAGAGAAGGCGUGUAUUAAACACAAGCAAAUAUAGAGAAAACCGUAAGUUCCACGUCGCAUCUAUUUGUCUGCUCUCGGUAUGUUGAGGGGAAUUGUGGAAUCCGUAUGAUUAGAUCAGUGGCAAACAUUCAGUUUAUUUUACCUUCAGGAGGAAAGCAGAAAUGAAAUUCACUCUACUAUACUAUUGGAAUAUAUAAUACAGUUAAGCAGAAACUGUUCAGUUUGGGAUUUUUUUCAUGCUCUGCAAAUGAUGAGAUUAUCAUUAACAUAAUAAUGACAAUUGAGACUGUAGUUUCUUGAGUUUCUUUUCAAGUUUUCAUCUAAAUUCCAGUUAAUUAACAUAGAGUGUAAUAUUAGUUUCCGGUUUGGAAUUUAGGGAUUCAUCACUUCCAUGUAAUAUUCAGUGCUCAUCACAAGUGUGUUCCUUAAUCCCCAUUACCUAUUUAGCACGUCCUCACCCAUCUCCCCUCUGGUAACUAUCAGUUUAUUCUCUGUAGUUAAGAGUCCGAUUCUUGGUGUGUUUCUUUUUUCCCCUCUAUGUUCAUUUAUUUUGUUUCUUAGAUUCCACAUAUGAGUGAAAUCAUAUGGGGGACUUCUCCCAGAGAGGAACUCAAAACGAUGUGCAAUUAUGUAAAAAUGUAUUCAUCUUGUGAUAUCUAAUAGCAAAACUAAGAAACAAUUUAAAUACACAUUGGGAAAAAAAUUAAAGACUGUCAGGAGAUUUUUGUCCAUAUACCAAUGAAAGACAAUGCAAGAAGCUAUGUAUAAAAAUUUGACAACUUUACAAGACAUGACGUGGAAUAAUCUCCAAGAUAUUUCCUUAAGUGAAAAAAACUCACAGGAUAUUUUGUGCAGUUUCUUAAAGGUGUGUUUUUAAAAAGGGAUUGAAGGGAACUGUCUGUAUCUACAUGAAAAAGUUCAAAAAUUAUAACCAUGAUUUAUACUAAGGAGGAAACUGGGGGACUUUUGUGGAGAAGCAGGAAGGAAUAUGUAUGUAUUUCUAUAGUCUGUCUUUUUUUAAUCAUUUGCAAAGAACCUAUGUUACUUGUUCUGGGAAAAAUAAUUAGGGUAAAAGUACUGAUACCACCCUUCCUAUUUAAAAAAAAUCUAAUGUUUAUAUUAAACAUGAGCAUACCAAAAAUGUUUAAUCCUUAUUUUCUCAUCUUUCUCACUCUUUUUUUGUUUGUUUGUUUGCUUGUUUGUUUUCUUUUGUUUCUUACAGCAUCUCCCUUUUUCCUAGUCCAUUCCAUUGCUAUAGCUCUGGGGAUCCACUUCAUUAUUAUGGUAAUGAUAUGCGGUGCCAUAAUCAUACAUUCAUUAUUCCACCAAGAGGCUCCACUUCCUUUACAAGAAAGUUAUUGUGGCCCAUGUCCUAAAAACUGGAUAUGUUAUAGAAAUACCUGCUACCAAUUUUUUAAUGAAAGCAAAAGCUGGUACCAAAGCCAAGCCUCUUGUGUGUCUCAAAAUUCCAGUCUCUUGAAGAUAUACAGCAGAGAACACCAGGAUUUCCUAAAAUUGGUGAAGUCUUAUCAUUGGAUGGGACUAAUACAAACUCCACCAAAUGGAUCAUGGCAAUGGGAAGAUGGCAGCAUUCUCUUACCCGACCAACUAACCAUGGUUGACAUGCAGAAUGGAACCUGUGCAGUUUAUGGAUCAAAUUUUAAAGCUUAUACAGAAAACUGUUUAACUCCAAACACAUACAUCUGCAUGCAGAGGAUUGUGUAAAAGCUGAUGAUGUAUAAAAUACAAAAGAUUCAAACACACAGAAGCCUUUUGCCAAAUGUGCUGUGGAAAAAACUUCCAGCAGAAAAUUCCACCAAUAAUUAUUGUAUUAUUUUUCCAUCUAUGACCUGACACAAAAAUAACCUUGCAGGGGAAUAAAAGCCAAUAGUUAAAAAACCUAUCUUCUAUAAGAAUGUUUUGUUUAAUUUUUGCAAAAUUUUGGGUAAUGAACAGAUUCAUUUUUACAUUUAAUAAACUGUUGAUGAAACCCAAGGUUGAACUAAAUUUCAGACUAUGAGUUUAUUAAAUGUACACAAAAAUUUACAUUAAGAAGGCUUUUAGAAAUUUUGAAAAUCAAAUAAAUCUAAACUGGGUGAAGGGUAUAUACGAGGGUUCGUGAAAUUUACUAUAUUGAAACAUUUUCAAAAUAAGGGUUGAAAGGUCAACAGAUACACCCUCAAAAUUUCAAAAUGGCACUACUAUUUUAAUACAGCACAUUUUGGUAGAAAUUGAAUUACUCCCCCUAGUACUGCGCUGACUGCUGCAAAAUACAGAAAAUGAAGAAUUGAGUUUGAAGCGGACUUUCUAGGCUUCGAGGCAAAAAUGGCAUUUGAGUGUGAAACCCGUGGAGCAACCAAGAUGUUUCUCGGCAAACCAGUAGGAUGACAGAACUCUUGGCAAAUGGAAUAAUAACGUGCAAGUGAGCAGCAGUUGGAAGAGUCUGUGACUCUAAAGGAAGCCACUUUGUAUUGAUAGGUCUGGUUCUGCGUUUUAUUUGUUCAUUCAUUCGUCUGUUUUAGAUUCCACAUAUGAGUGAAAUCCAAUAGUAUUUGUCUUUCUCAACCUGACUUAUUUCACUUACCAGAAUAUUCUCCAGAUCCUUCAAUGUUGUUAACAAAUGGCACAAUCUCAUCCUUUUUAAGGGCUGUGUGAUAUUCCAUCGUAUAUGUCCAUAUAUAUCUACCAUGUCUUCCUUAUCCAUCUGUCUAUUGGUGGACAUUUAGGCUGCUUCCAUACCUGAAGCGAACGUAACAUCGUGUGUCUACUAUACACAAAAUGAAAAAAGUUACCAAAAAAAAAUCUAUUUUGAUAAGAGCAGAAUGAUGAAGAAGACAAGGAGCUUAAGAAGGGGAGGAGAGAGAAGCAGAGGCUAAAUCCAGAGGUGUGGACCUUCGUGCACCCAUUAUAAUUUUGGUUUUUAUUCUAAGUGCACUUGCCAUUUGUGUGUUUUGUGACAGGCAUGAAGCCAUGGAUUGAACAGCGUUUUCAUGGAAAAUUACGAUAAAAUGUCAUGAAAAAAAUCAUUUUCUUAAUUUUUUUUUAAUGCUUAUCUUUAUUUUUGAGACCGAGAGAGACAGAGCAUGAGCGGGGGAGAGGCAGAGAAGUGGGGAGACACGGAAUCAGAGGCAGGCUCCAAGCUCCGAGCUGUCAGCACAGAGCCCAACACAGGGCUUGAGCUCGCCAACUGCGAGAUCAUGACCUGAGCUGAAGUCGGAUGCUCAACCGACUGAGCCACCCAGGCACCCCCCAAAAUUGUUUAUUUUCUACAUAGUCAAUCAAGGGCUGAGAAAUAUGUUGGCCCAAAUUAGUUUUUACAUACUUGUGUAAAGUAAUACGCACCAAUCAUAAUUAACAAAGCUUAGCAUUUAGUCAAGUUUGUUUUAAGAUUUUAUUAUUAAAUAUUUAAAUCACAGAGAGUGAAAUGUUCUCACCCCCACCACAACAAUAAAAUGAUAAUUAUGUGAACUGCUGGAUUUGUUAACUAACCUUAUUGUGCUACUCAUUUGUAUUGUAGAUUUGCUUUAUGUAUCAAUUGUAUUUUUAAAAUCCAUAAUAUUUUAUAUAGUUAUAAAGAGGCAGAAAUGUGAAAUCAAGCUUAUUCAAUGUAGUAUUAAACUAUCUCUGUCUUUAAUAUCAAUUUUAUCCUUGUCAAUGUUAAGCUAGCCUAUGAAAUGUAUUUAGAAAUGCUUUUUCUAUUUUCCAAAACGGCUUAUAUAAAAUUGAAAAAUAUAACCAUGAAAUUUUCAAAGAAA